AUGAGAUGGCGGCUCGCCGACAGGGGCGCGGUCUCGUACAAGACGUUCUUGCAGGCUGCCGCCAUCUGCAAGGACGCCGGUCACCAUGACAUGUGCGGCAAUUUCGCCCUGUGGCUGACUUCGGACCGCUUUCAUCCAGACUGCCCCGCGGCGCAUGAGCUGAGCGACGCCUCCGCCAACUUGCUGCAGCCGCACGCCUCGCGUUUUCGCUGGUCGGAGGCGUCGCAGCGCCACCUUGUAUCGCAACACUCCUCACGCAGCGCUUCCGCAGCGCUCGACAUCCGGAACGGCCUGAACGAGAAGCCGGGAUGGCGUGGCACGCCUCAGCCUUCCCACACGACGCUCGUCGCUUGGCGCGAGAGGAUGCUAGCGGCGCCGAGCGGCGGCAGCGCGGACCCGCCUCUGGGCUUCCUGCGAAACAACGCGAUCGACUUCAUUAACGGCUACAUCGCGCAGCUGCAAGCGGAUGGGCCGCACCUCCUCGACGGCGUCGUGCCGGUCUGGCUCGGGAACGAUGCGACCGACAUGACAAACGCGCUUCGCGAGACGCGCAAGUUCACUUUUGUCAACGACGCCGACCACUCCCUCUUCGACCCGGGCGCGCCGAGCCCGAAGGUCCUUGAGCAGCGCUAUGUUGCCCUUCAACAGGGCCUCGAGCAGCCAGGGAGCGGCGGCCUCGUCGCCGCGCUUCUCUUCCUGCAGGAGCAGGCUCCGAUGCUUGCCGAGCGCGCGGCGGCAUGCGAGGCAAACGCUCUCAAAGCGCUCGCUCGAUUCCGCAAGGCCCCCCGCCUCUCCGCAUCCAGGCGCACCGUCGCAAAACCGACGAAAAGCGUGCAGGCGGCCGCUGAGCUCGCCGCCCACGCCGCCUCGCUUGGGCUGGGCGACGCGACUGUGCCGCUGGACCCAGCGCAGUACGACCUGGACUCGGCGAAGAAGGCGCUCGUCGGCAAGGGCGGUGGGCGGCUCGUCAAAGUGGCGGCGGGGGCGCAGGGCGCAAUCACAGUCAGCGUCGCCUAUCCAGGCGUCGCCGCAGGCGAGGAGGCCACUCUCGAGGAGAUGAAUUUGGAAGUGGCACUCUCCCACUUGGUGCCGUUUCAUGCGAUGACCGAGGAGCAGCUGGGCAAGCUGCCAAGGUCGCUGCUCGAGCGUGAGUGCGGCGCAGAUGGGCGGAAGCUUCGGGGCGUCAGCGGAAAGCCGGCCAAGGCACUAGGAACGCUGCUCUUUGACGCUCUUGCUGCGCUCGAGCGCGCCACUCCCGGCGCCGACGACCGCGACGCCACUGAUGGCGCUGGCGGUUCCCCGGAGGCCGUCGCCGUCACGCCCGGCGAGGCUGCAAUCGACGACGACGUCGGCGUGGUCUCAAGCGGCUCGUCCUUGCGCGACCAGCUGCGCGAGUUGUCGGAGGGGUUGCAACAGCGCCAGAUCGUGGCGAUCGAGAAGUACAACGCGCUGCACAGCGCCGCGUGCCAACGGCGCGACUCUGCAGCGGCGCUGCUCGCGGCGGUGCUCGGUCCUAAUGAUGGUCCGCUCAACGAGGAGUCCUGCGCCAUGCUGGUUUCGGCGAUGACCAAUGUCGAUGCUCUAAAGCUGCGGGCGGUGGCGUCGGUCAGGGACGUGGUCGCCACGAUGCGGAAGUGCGCGACGAAGCUUCUGGUGUACAAGGUAAUGGAUUGGGCCGCGCGCCGGCCCGUCACCGUCGCGCGCUUCGCGCUGAGCGGCGCGACUAGCGCGCAGCGGCAGCUGCAAAUAAACACGUACGUCUUGAAUGCGCUGCACGCGGCCUUUGACGAGCGCUGCCGCGACAGCGCGGCGCGCACUUCGAGCGGCGGCCCGAUUGUUGCGCGGGUCCAGCUUCUCCAGUCGGAUGGAGAGGCGUGCAACCUCAAAGCCAAUCCUUACCCUGGCGCAGGCCCCUCAUCGCUGCUAGACCUGGCCGUCGCCGCGGCGGAGCGGGUCAAGGCGCUUCGUGCGCAGCAUCGGAGGGACGUCCCAGCUCUCAUCACGGCUAUUUUGGCGGAGACGGUCCCGAACCCGUUGCCGGCCAGGCUGCAGCGGCUCGGAUACACCCUUUGCCCUCGCAAAGCGACCCUCGAGUGGUUCGGAGAUAAGAUCGAGGACCACGGCGCCGCUUCGGUGGUGACGAAGCGGAUGCUGCCGGUGCCAGAGUCAGAUACGGAGUUUGACACUGAGUACACGACACUGCUCGGCGGCGACGUGUUGCCGGAGUCAUUUAGCGAUCGGUCAAAGGCGGGCGGAGCGGUGGAUCGGGGUGAGCUCGAUGUCGACGACCUGUACGACGAGCUGUUGCUCUCCGUCUUCCAGGGGCUGAGAUGUCAGCACCUCGAGUUUCGGUCACGCUUCUACGCGCCCAACGGCGACGCCAUCGUGCAGGCCUUUUGCGCAGAGCACACGGACAAGAAUUUUAGCAAGAAGGUUGCUGCCGACGCCCUCAUCUCUACGCCUGUCAUUCUCGAGGCAGGGCGAGCGCUCGCCGAGCAGGACCCGAAAAAGUUCGCGCUGAUUGCGCCUUUCCUCCGGACUACCGACAUGCAGAGCACCCCCUCCAUGGCUUGGCCGCUCGUGUCCCCCGAGCUGCAACGCGCGCUUGACGGCACCAAGGAGGGUGUGGUGCUCGAGGCGCUCGGGCUAGGCUACCGUGCGCGGAACAUGCGCGGGCUUACGCCGGAAUGCCGUCUCCUCUUCACGGAGGUCCUCCGCUCGGCUACGGUUUUGAACGUGUGGGGCGAGCAGCUGCUCAUGCCCUUUGGCGGCGGAGCCGUGCGCGCGCGGGAGGGUCGGCUUUCGGGGGUGCGCGCCCAACAGGUGCAGGGAAUGGGAGCGGGGAACCUCCUCCGGUAUCUGCAGGAGGCGGACGCGCGAGCAGAGGUUCGCCGCCGGCACCCCGGGUGGGAGCCGAGUGCCAAGCUUUGGCACACAAACUGCCUGGAGAAUGGCUUCUCCGUGCUCUGCAUGCUGUGUGGCGGCGUGAAGCCCGAGCUGGUGCAGUGCUUGGCGGCGCUCCGUCGCGCGGACAUCACCGAGCUUCUCCGCCACGAUCCGAAGACCGCAUGGCUGACUCCUCCCGGCGCCACCCUGCUCCACAGCUCGAAGUACUCUGCGGCGUCCAGCGACGGCGCGGGAGGCACCGCCGUGGCUGAAACGUGGUACGACACGUCCAACAUCCUCCCCUCCGCCGAGGGCGUGCGUGCCUUCGAGAGGCUGACCGAGCAGACCGCGCUGAGCAACGCCACCUCAGGGAACGAGCGCGUGCGAUCAAACUUUGCCAACAAAGGUCUCGGCUCGGAGGCCGGAGCCGCAAUGCGCGGGCCGUGA